GGUCUCAUCGUUCCACAAGUAAAGAGCUUCACAAGAACCUUUUUCGUCGUUCCUCAAGGAGCAGGGUUUUCCAUCAUAAAUGAGACACUCUUCAUCACGGGUGGGACUGAUGAUCAGAUCAGAGCAUACCCCACACCUGAAAACACGCCCCCGGCACCCGCGCCAGCCCCAACUCCGGCUGUACCCACUCCGGUGCUCACUCCGGCAGCGCCGCUUGCAACGAACGAGCGGGACAGCUUACUAGUACAACUGUGUUCACAGACACGGAUGAACAGGGCCUUUGCGGAAAGGUGUUUAGAGCAGAACGAGUGGAACUUGCAGAAGGCGCUCACGGUGUUUGCCGAACUAAACGUUCGAGGAGCGAUACCCCCGGAGGCAUUUCAAAGCUGAGCGCGUCAUCCCGACCAUGGCUAUCAUAGUUAAUGGCAAUAAAGCAAAGCGGGGAGGGUGGGGAGGGGAGUUACUGUUAAUUUCAUGUAAAUAGGCACUUUUUAAAGAAAAAUCAUGUAAAUAAUCGGCCAUCAGGCGAUACCCGAGUGUUAACCGAUG